AUGGGCCACCCUACUGGUGCCCCCUUCCAAAGGUCUCAGCACCCUCACGCUACCUCCUGCCGCCACUUCCAUCUGGGCCCCCCGCAGCCGCAGCCGCUUGCCCCCGACUUCCCCCUGGCCCACCCCGUGCAGUCCCAGCCAGGCCUCAGCGCCCACAUGGCCCCGGCCCACCAGCACAGCAGCACCCUGCACCAGUCGCUGACCCCGCUGCCCGCCCUCCAGUUCCAGGAUGUCACAGGCCCCUCCUUCCUACCUCAGGCCCUGCACCAGCAAUACCUCCUGCAGCAGCAGCUCCUGGAAGCCCAGCACCGCAGGCUGGUCUCGCACCCCAGGCGGAGCCAGGAGCGUGUGUCUGUCCACCCUCACCGCCUGCACCCCAGCUUUGACUUCAGCCACCAACUGCAGACGCCUCAGCCCAGGUAUUUGGCUGAGGGCACUGACUGGGAUCUCAGUGUGGACGCCGGCUUGAACCCCGCGCAGUUCCAGGUGCGGCCCAUCCCGCAGCACUAUCAGCAUUACCUAGCGACUCCGCGAAUGCACCACUUCCCCAGAAACUCCUCCUCCACGCAGAUGGUGGUCCACGAGAUCCGCAACUAUCCUUACCCUCAGCUCCACUUCCUGGCCCUCCAGGGCCUGAACCCCAGCAGACACGCCUCUGCCGUGCGGGAGAGCUACGAGGAGCUUCUGCAGCUCGAGGACAGGCUGGGGACGGUGACGCGGGGAGCUGUGCAGAACACCAUCGAAAGGUUCACCUUCCCCCACAAGUACAAGAAGCGAAGACCCCAGGAUGCCAAGGGCAGGAAGGACGAGGGGGAGGAGUGCGACACGGAUGAGAAAUGCACCAUCUGCCUGUCGAUGCUGGAAGACGGAGAGGACGUGAGACGUUUACCCUGUAUGCAUCUCUUCCAUCAACUGUGCGUGGACCAGUGGCUCGCCAUGAGCAAGAAAUGCCCCAUCUGCCGGGUGGACAUUGAGACGCAAUUGGGAGCGGACAGCUGAGGGAGGAGUGAGCCAGUGAGCGCCCCAUUUUCCUUCACCAGGUCCCCCCCACGGCCAUAGCCCUUGCAGCCAAACUUUGCCUUCUGAGCCAUUUGAUGCAGAGGAAACGCCUGCAAGCACAUUUUGCGGAAAGAGGAGUCGGUAGGAUGGGUGUCCGAGGGAAAGCAGGGGUAGGGGAGGCACCCGGCCAGGCAGACUGGUGACUGCCCCCACCCGCUUUGCUGCCCGGGAGGGAGGGAGCUGGCCGUUCUCAGAGCAGGGGUGGGAAGGGGGGGCCCAUGCUGCUGAGA